AUGAAGGCAAAGAUAGAGUCACUCGAGGAGCAUGUCGAUGCUGGUGUGACCGAGGCAGCCAGCAAUGUUGUGGUGAUGAGGGAGGCCAAGAUUGAGGCUCCCAAACCCCCGGUGUUCAAAGGUGUUCGUGAUGCACAAGAAGUGGAAAAUUUCCUUUGGCACUUGGAGAACUACUUAUGGCACAGAAAAGUGAGGGACGACGAGGCCAAGAUCAACACUGUCGUGUUGUACCUCUUAGAGACUGCCAUGCUAUGGUGGAAAAGGAAGAUGGCCGACGUGGAUAAAGCAAGGCGCAAAUUUAGGGAGUUGAAGCAAACAAGGAGCAUAUGUGACUAUGUCAAGCAGUUCACUACCCUUAUGCUUCAAAUUCCUAGCCUAACCAAUGAUGACUUGCUGUUCCACUUCAUGGAUGGGUUGCAAAAUAGGGCCAAACAGGAGUUGCAACGCCGGCAAGUCGCGGAUAUAGACCAAGCCAUAGUGGAGGCCAAAACAUUGAUGGAUUUCAGGCAUGACAAGCACGACAAGGGCAAAGGCAAGGAGUCAAAGGUUAACAAUGUCAAAGGUGGGGGAUACCGUGGCAAGGUCAAGGAGAUACAAAAACAAUACCCCAAGACUCAAGAUUACAGAAAGUCAAAUGGCCAUCAGGGCUACGCUGAGAAGAAGGCACAGGCUGAGAAGAAGGGAUGCUACAAAUGCGAAGGGCUGCAUGGCUUCAAGAAUUGUCCCGACCUAAAGAGCCUCAGUGCCACGGUCCGUGAACGGAAGGAGCAGUUGCACGGAAAAAGUUUGGGAACUGCACAGUUGGGUAUGAUUGAAUUAUGUGGUGCUGUCACGAAGCAAGCUAUCCAACCUACCGAGAAUGGCAAUAAAUACAUGGAUCUCACCAUCAAUAACAAGCCCGCUCGUGCAACGGUGGAUACUAGAGCAACUCAUAAUUUCGUGACUGAGUCUGCCACAAAGAGACUAGGAUUGAAGCUUGCUCCAACCAACUCUCGCGUCACGACCGUGAAUGUCGAGCUACAAAAUGCUAGCGGGGUAGCUAAUAGAGUUGGUGUCAAAUUGGGAAAUUGGAAAGGUAUGACAAACUUUACCGUAACCGCUAUGGAUAUCUUUGACAUCAUACUGGGGCAAGAGUUCUUUACACAUUGCCAUACUUUGAUCAACCCCUACCUCCAAUGUCUCUUGGUUAUGGAGCGAGAAGGAGCUUGCAUGGUACCUACAGUGACUAUGCCACAUAGACAGAUCCAAGUACAACUCUCAGCUAUGCAGGUUGUCAAGGGGAUCAAGAAGGGGGAGCCGACGUUCGUGGAAACUAUUGCAAGUCUAGAGGAAGACAAGAGUUUUCAAGAGACACUGCUACCUUUCAUAGAGGAGUUGCUUGAGGAAAACAAAGAUGUCAUGCCCGAGGAGUUGCCUAUGCACUUGCCGCCUGGGCGAGAGGUGGAUCACAAGAUUGAGUUGGAGCUAGGGGCUAAGCCACCCGCAUUUUCCCCAUAUCGUAUGGCACCUCCCGAGCUAGAGGAGCUCAAGAAACAAUUGAAAGAGCUGCUAGAUACUGGUCACAUUCUCCCAUCAAAGGCACCUUUCGGCGCACCAGUACUAUUCCAGAAGAAGAAGCAUGGAUCGCUACGCUUGUGCAUAGACUACCGAGCACUUAAUAAAGUCACAAUGAAGAAUAAGUACCCAAUCCUGCUCAUUGUUGACUUGUUUGAUAGACUUGGGCAAGCCAAGAACUUUACCAAGGUGGAUCUUCGCAAGGUCUACUACCAAGUUCUCAUUGCAGAAGGGGAUGAGCCAAAGACAACAUGUGUGACGAGAUAUGGAGCCUUUGAGUGCUUGGUGAUGCCCUUCGGCUUAACCAAUGCACCAACCACAUUUUGCUCCCUUAUGAAGAAGAUUUUUGAUCCCUAA